AGAGCACGAGCAAUUGGUCCUUCGACUUUGCUCCUCUCUGCUGCGCAGUAAACCAAAGGGAAGGCCUGCCCAAACAACAGGCACGAGGUUCCACCAGCUGCCUGCCUUUUAGUCAUCGCUCUCCUCCAGAUGAGUAAUGCCACACGUGCUGUGCCCUCUCCCGUGGCACCUGGCACAGCAGCCAGGCUGGCCUCAGCCCCCCCAUUCUCAGCUGUUGCCCUGCUCACGGCUGCCCACAACAACUCCGAGGAUGGCCAGCAGCUUUUCCUGACCACGACAGCGGCACAGGUCAUCUCUGGCAUCUUCGUGUGGUCAGCACUCAUUGUCACCUUUCACCAGAUCUACACACACCUCAAGAAUUACACCAUCCCCAAGGAGCAGCGCUACAUCAUCCGCAUUCUCUUCAUUGUGCCUGUCUAUGCCUUCGACUCCUGGCUCAGCCUCCUCCUCCUCGGCAGCCACCAGUACUACGUCUACUUCGACUCGGUGCGUGACUGCUAUGAAGCUUUUGUGAUUUACAGCUUCCUGAGCCUGUGCUUCGAGUACCUUGGAGGGGAGAGCACCAUCAUGACAGAGAUCCGAGGGAAGCCCAUUGCGUCCAGCUGCUUUUAUGGGACCUGCUGCCUUCAGGGUAUGUCCUACUCCAUCGGGUUCCUGCGCUUCUGCAAGCAGGCCACACUGCAGUUCUGCAUUGUGAAACCCCUCAUGGCAAUCGUCACCAUCAUCCUGCAGGCGUUCGGGAAGUACCACGAUGGAGACUUCAAUGUCCACAGUGGAUAUCUCUACAUCACUAUCAUCUACAACUUCUCUGUCAGCCUGGCCCUUUACGCCCUUUUCCUCUUCUACUUUGCCACCAUGGACCUGCUUCGCCCAUUUGAGCCGGUGCUCAAGUUCAUCACCAUCAAGGCCGUCAUCUUCCUCUCCUUCUGGCAAGGAACACUGCUGGCAAUCCUGGAGAAAUGUGGGGUGAUCCCUGAAGUUCAGAUCAUCGAUGGGAAGGAGGUGGGAGCUGGGACAGUGGCUGCUGGCUACCAGAACUUCAUCAUCUGCAUUGAAAUGUUCUUCGCUUCCAUUGCCCUGCGCUAUGCAUUCACCUGCCAAGUGUACAGGGAGAAGAAGGAAAACUCAACAGCAAACCUUGCCCCAAUGCAGAGCAUCUCGAGUGGGCUGAAAGAGACCAUCAGCCCCCAGGACAUCGUGCAGGAUGCCAUCCACAACUUCUCCCCCACGUACCAGCACUACACCCAGCAGUCGAUGCAGGAGGCAGAGCGCAAAGCGCCAGGGGAGAAUGGGCAUGUGGCCUCCAAGAUAGAUGGACAGAGCAGCAGGAAGAGCAAAAACAUUGAAAAGAGAAUGCUAAUCCUGUCAGAUGAGGAGCUGUAGGAGGUAUCAAAAGAGACACUGACACUGAAGAGGUUUUAACCUAUGCAAAGGGGAGGUGUCUUGAGGCUGAGACAGCCUGGGCUAAUCAGAGUACUGAGAAGCCAGGAACUCUAUCCAAAAAGCCAGUCUCUCAAAGGGAAGAUGCAAUAACCCAGAAAAGGUUAAGUCAAAUAGUGCCAGCUUCUGUUGUCAUGGAUGGAGCUGUGUUG